AUGCCAGAUCAUCAGAAAUUAGAGCGUGAAGCCCGAAUCUGCCGUCUAUUAAAACACCCGAAUAUUGUGCGCCUCCAUGACAGUAUAUCAGAGGAAGGGUUCCACUAUCUCAUCUUCGACCUGGUUACAGGUGGAGAACUAUUUGAGGAUAUUGUGGCACGAGAAUAUUACAGUGAAGCAGAUGCAAGUCAUUGCAUCCAGCAGAUUCUUGAAGCAGUGCUCCACUGCCACCAAAUGGGGGUUGUCCACAGGGACUUGAAGCCAGAGAACCUACUCCUCGCUAGCAAAUGUAAAGGAGCGGCUGUCAAGCUGGCAGAUUUCGGCCUGGCCAUUGAAGUGCAGGGUGAACAACAAGCCUGGUUUGGUUUUGCAGGAACACCUGGAUAUCUGUCCCCUGAGGUUCUUCGAAAGGAAGCCUAUGGAAAACCUGUGGAUAUUUGGGCAUGUGGUGUGAUUCUGUAUAUCCUUUUGGUUGGUUAUCCACCUUUUUGGGAUGAGGAUCAACACAAACUGUACCAGCAGAUCAAGGCUGGGGCAUAUGAUUUCCCGUCCCCAGAAUGGGACACAGUGACCCCCGAAGCCAAGAACCUCAUUAAUCAAAUGUUGACCAUUAACCCAGCAAAGCGUAUUACUGCUCAUGAAGCUCUCAAACACCCUUGGGUCUGUCAACGAUCCACUGUUGCCUCAAUGAUGCACAGACAAGAGACAGUGGAAUGUCUGAAGAAAUUCAAUGCCCGCAGAAAGCUAAAGGGGGCCAUUUUGACCACGAUGCUUGCAACAAGGAAUUUCUCUGCAGCCAAGAGUUUAUUGAACAAGAAAACAGAUGGAGGAAAGCCUCAGACAAACAGCACCAAGAACAGUGCUGGAGUGACUAGUCCGAAGGGCCCCAUCCCUACAGCUACUCUGGAACCACAAACUACAGUAAUUCAUAACCUGGUGGACGGGAUUAAGGAGUCUUCAGACAGUACACAUACUAAUCCAGAGGAUGAAGAAACAAAAGUGCUGAAGUUCUCAGACAUUUUAAGCUCAGUGAGAAGGGGCUCGGGGGCCUUGGAAGCUGAGGGACCACAAACAGCGGUCGCUCAGCAGCCCCUCUCCCCGUCCUUUCCCCACUCACCACUUGCACAGCCUGCUAGAUUUACAGAUAUAUUUAACACAGUCAGACGAGGCUCAGAAGCAGAGGGAGUGCAGUAUUCCAACACGCAACAUCGGCUCUCUCAGCCCCACCUAAACUCUCCGUUUGUACAGCCUCGGAAACAAGAAAUCAUUAAGAUAACGGAGCAAUUGAUUGAGGCAGUUAAUAACGGGGAUUUCGAGGCAUAUGCGAAGAUCUGCGAUCCUGGACUUACCACAUUUGAGCCAGAAGCCCUGGGUAACCUGGUGGAGGGAAUAGAUUUCCAUCGGUUUUACUUUGAAAACUUGUUGUCUAAAAACAACAAACCAAUCCACACGACCAUCCUAAACCCACAUGUUCACGUUGUGGGGGAAGAUGCUGCCUGUAUUGCCUACAUCCGCCUGACCCAAUACAUCGACACGCAAGGCCGGCCUCGUACCAGCCAGUCUGAAGAGACACGUGUUUGGCAUCGCCGUGAUGGCAAGUGGCAAAAUGUGCACUUCCACUGCUCAGGAGCCCCAGUGGCACCCCUCCAGUGAUGGCUGCAGUAAUGCCCUCCUGGCUUCAUCAGAAGAGUGGAAGCACCAGAGAUUCUUGGCUCCGCCGCUCAGAGAGUUCCAGCAGCGAGGAAAAGCACGUGACCGCAUGCUUGUGCCGUUCCUUCCUAUCCCUCCUUCCCCCAACCCCUCCAAAAUCCAGACUUCUCUACCCUCCUCCAUCCCUCCAACUGCCCCCUCCCCCAGAUAAGCACUGUCUGGACUCAUGGAGUUUAAGGUGCCACAAGAAGAUAUGACAAGGUGUUGGUCAUAAAGUUCCUAUUCCCCUUUUUACCUAUAACCUUUCAUCACUCCCCAGCUGGGGAGAAGGAGAUUUCAAAGUUGUGAUGGCCCUUUUCAGCAUUGAGGGUAUUAAACACACCUAUUGACUUGUUACAGAGAAAUUGGUGACCUUAAACCUCCUUUCCCUUCUCUCUUGGCUUUAUUUGAUGGUGUGAGGAGGGUUGGAGGGAUAUUCUGAAACCUUGAGGGGCUGGGGGAGAGAAGCGUGACUUUCCUGUGGAGCUGUUACUUCCCAUGUGUUUGCGCGUCAAACGUGAAAUGAGUCGUCCAAACAGAACAAUGAGCAAAAAAAAAAAAAAUAAACAAGAAAAAAAAACAUAAAAAGAUAUUUAAAAAAAUAUGAAAAAAAAAAUAUUUUUCAUUUAAGUUUCCGCAAAGCAGUUCUCCCAGGGGCCCAUGCUGCAGCCCCUUUGUGUUGUUUUAUUUCAGGAAUGCAAAAAAUAAAGACAAAAAAAAAAGACAAAAAAUAUCACCAUCCCCCAUUUCAUCUACCCCAUAAAUAAUGGUUCAUCCAUUGUCUGCAGUGGGAGAGCCAGUCUUAACGCAUGGCCGGCGCAUUUUAUGGAGUGUGCUUAGUGUCUGUCAGUUCCCAGCCAGGGCCCAUCUCCUCUGACAUGUGGGGGUCUGUAUAUAUAGGAUUCAUUGUGCCACAGAGACUCCGCAAACUUUUCCAAAACCCACAUUGCUUUGGGUUUACUUACCAGAACCACAUGUUCCUUAUGGCUUUCAGUUUAUAGAACAGAACUACUUUUUCCAUUAGGACCUGGGUUUAUAGGACAUGUUUUGAAAGAAUUUUGGUUUACAAGAAGAUAUUUUGCAUAAAUAUAUGGUCCUAAGGAAAGGUAUGUUUUUUGUAAGUUAUGCCAUUUUUGCUGAAAGUUUUGGUUUAUAGGAUUUGCUGUGGAUUUUUUUUUUUGUAGGAUGAAAUUAAUUAACUAAAGAAGUGUCCCAGCAGUCUCUUAAUAUACUAAAAAGUCGGGUUAAUAUCUGCAGUUAGGAAAUUAGACUGCAGGUCAACAAUACUAAGGGAUUGUUGGGACAUGGAAAUCCUGUAUCCCUAUUGUGCCUGAUUUUCAACCCCAAAGUCUUGGGGAUAUAAAGGCCCAAAUGUGAGAGCACUGGGUAAUAGUUUAUAUGAUACUCCUUCCCUUAUGAGAAACAGACAACCCCGGUUUUAAAUGGAUCAUAGCAGAGACCCCAAGGGAGAGGAGAGGUCUAUCUCCGGCCUGACUUGUUUUUAUUUGUAGCUGUUUAUUUUUCUGCAUGCCCUUUAAACAGAAAUCCUAUAAAUAUAUAUAUAUACAUAAAUCUAUAUAUAUGAGAAACAAGAUGACAGCUUGUUCGUUUUAUGAAUGCCAGUGGGUUUUUCUUUUUUUGCUGCUGUCUUCCCUUCUAUUUGUUUUCUCGUCUCUAUUUCUCUCACUUUUUUUUCUGAGCCUUGUAAGUGUUAAAAAUAAGAGGAAACAAAAAGAACAGGAUUAAAGAUCUUCCUCUUGAAUUGUUUCAGAAUAAUGCAAAAUAAAGAGAUAUCAAUAAUUUA